AUGUCGCCUUCACGAUCUAUACUAUUUGUAGGAGAGGGUAACUUCUCUUAUUCAGCAUCACUGUGUCAGUCCUUGAGCGGGUCGGACACCAGCAUUACAGCCUCCUGCCUGCAGCAAGAGGACGAGGCACUGCGGCACGAAGGAUCCGCUACUAACGUCCAGAUUAUCCGGGAGGCUGGUGGAACAGUGCUUUUCAAUAUUGACUGCACACGACUGGGAGAACACGAAUCUCUCAAAGGGAAUCUGUUUGACCUGGUCAUCUUUAACUUUCCUCACUGUGGUAGAAAGAGUGGAGUUAAAAAGAACAGAGAACUACUGAAAAACUUCUUCCUGAGUUGUGUUCAGGUGUUGUCUGAAGAUGGGGAGGUCCAUGUCUCUUUGUGUAAUGGGCAGGGAGGUACACCGGCUGACCAGCCCAAGCGGGAGUGGCACAACAGUUGGCAGGUUGUAGCCAUGGCAGCAGAGGCUCAACUCAUCCUCAGUGAUGUCCAGCCAUUUGAAAAUGAUCAGAACUACAAAUGCACUGGAUACAGGAGUCAAGAUAAGGGCUUCCAUGUGGAAAAGGCUCUGCUGCAUAGAUUUACUCGCAGUCUUCCAUUCACACCACCUCAUACACUGACAGUGGAAGAGACUGUUGAGGGGGAGGAAGUCAAGUACCAAAUGCCAGCAGAGCUGAGUGAUUACGUGUUCAGGGGGUUCCUCAAAUCAGGUUCAUUUCACCCUGUAAAACUUGCACAAGACUUUGUUCUCGAGGGACUGGCAAAGAAUUGGUGUGUCUCCAUGAUGACUGAGACCAUCCCUUUUCUGCUCAGUGGAAAGCAGGUAUUGACCUUUCAUAAACGACUGGAAAUGCUGCUGUCAACAUGGCUGCAAGUUACUGUGAGUCUGCACAAAUCUCAGAUGCCUCUCUGUCACUGA